CUGGUUUUGAUCUCCAUGAUGCAUGCAGCUGUGGUUCUCUGGAUCUUCUCAGCAGUGAUCUAUGUGGGGAGAGGUGAUCCCCAGCCAUGCCGUGCUCAUGGAGCCACAGAGGAGAGCUACAACAGAUCAUCUCUGGUGAUUUCAGCCAACAAAGACUUUGCCUUCAGUCUGUACAGGGAGCUGGCCAAUUCUGAAUCUCGAAGAGAAAACAUCUUCUUCUCACCUAUUUGUGUUUCUGUCAUCUUGGCUGCUUUCUCUGUUGGGGCACGAGGAGAGUCCCACCAACAGAUUUUUGAUGGUCUGGCUUUCAGUAACUUCAAUCUGUCCCAAACAGAUGUAAACCAGGGUUUCAGUCAAAUUGUUACGAGCAAACAAUCACUUGAGGACAUGAGUUCAGAUACUGCUGUGUUUGUAGACCACCUGUUCCAACCCCUGCCUGAGUUCCUGGAAGUCUUGGAGCGCUUUUAUUGCACUGACAGCUUCACUGUUGACUUCAGCAAAACACAAGACUCCAUCAACACCAUCAAUAAAUACGUUUCAGAUGAAACCAAUGGAAAGAUCAAGGAAGUGGUCGACAGUCUGUAUCCAAAUACAGUCCUGUUUCUCCUCAGCUACAUUUACUAUAAAGGAAAUUGGGUGACUGCAUUUAAUCCUGCCCUGACAAAGAUGGAUGAGUUUCAUGUAGCUGAAAAUGAAACAGUUUCAGUCCAGAUGAUGAAAACUGAAGGAUCCUUCUAUCUUUAUGAUGAAGCAAUCARCACCUCAGUCCUCCACCUUCCCUUCAACAASUCCURCUCCAUGUUGCUGCUGAUGCCUGAYGAUAUGAGAACCCUGGARAACAUBAUCAGUCCWGCUCAUGUCACUGAAUGGUUGAGGGYKGRAAAGUCCAGAAUUUCACUACGUUCUAAUGUCUUUGGUUUCUUCUCAACGUUUAGGUACUGCAACCUUUAUAUUCCAAAAUUUUCCAUCAAGACCUCCUACGUGCUGAAUGACGUGUUGAAGAAAAUGGGAAUGACUGACAUGUUUGAUCAUGCAGACCUGAGUGGGAUUUCAAAGCUGCAUGACUUGGCUGUCUCUGAGGUUGUGCACAGAACUGCUCUGGAUGUUGAUGAGGCAGGAGCCACCGCUGCUGCUGCUUCCACUGGGGUUGCCAUUAGUAAAUCCUCCUGCUUGAAGCCAGAUUUGAAAUAUGAUCGGCCCUUCAUUCUGAUGAUCAUUGAACGGAGCACAGAAACCAUCCUUUUCAUAGGCAAGGUUGUCAACCCAAGCCUCCUGAAGGAAGUGGUCAGUUCAUAGCUGAUAACUGUGAAAUCCAAAGGGGAAUAAAUAAAUGGGGUUCCUUAAUGACUAUAGAUCAUUUCUCAGUGUUUAAAUGUGUUAACAGUUCAGUUCUCAUCUGCUGCCAUGAGGUGUGCAUGUGAUCAAUCACUAGUUGCACAUCUACAGCUCGAUGUUUGGGCAGUUUAUGCAAGGAGUUAAUCAAACCUGGUGUGAUAUUCUGAGCACAAAUUGGCACCUACUGUGUGCAAGGCAGUAGGUGCUCUGCUUUAAUGUAAAGUUAAGUGACUCAUUUAAUAUGGUUUGCUUCACAACUUGAUUUUAUCAGGUAUGUUAUUUUAUUUUAUUUAUUUUUUUGGUAAUUGCUAUACUUAAAGACUGAGGUCAUUCACAAUUUUGAAUUGUCAAUUCCUCACUUGAAUAUUAUGAUCUUUGGCAAAAUUGUAUCUAUUUUAAAUUAUAUUGUGCUAUUUGGGAAAUUUUUUUUGUUGGGCUUGUCUACAGACUAAAACUGCAAUCUGUAACAACACUUAAAUUGAGUGUAUAGUUUUCAGAAUAUCAUGAGCAAUGAGACAGAUUUUUAGUAAAACAAAAUUAAAAUUUGAAA